UCAUCAGGGUUUUGUGAGGAGCGGAACGAUCGUCGCUCUCUUUCGAAAAAAAUCGUGAAUUCUUUUUCAUACAACGUACGUUUUAUAUCUCGUCGCGUAUUUUGUGCAUCUUCGAUCCUUGACUCGACGAGUGAAUUAAAAGUUAGAAACGAUGAGAAGAAUUUCGUUGGAAUUUCUUGUUUAUUGUUCUCCACCCACGUGAGGAACAAUGCUGCAUCCUUUGUAUUUUCUUAUAGCUUAAUUGGAAGAAUAAUUCCCUAUCUCUCUGAACACGAUCUAAUAAUUUUGUGGACGAAAAAUAUUGUGGUCAUUGGAGGAUAAGUUAUAUUCCGAUUUCUCUGAAAGACGAUCUGAAGAAAAUCUGAAGACGGAUAUAAUUCAUGGAUUUGGAAAAUUUGAAUAUUGUGACUGAACUUGAUUAAAGAGGAACAAUUAAUAAUUUUGUGAAUUUGGAAAACUUGAAUAUUGUGAUUAUUGAAUUUUAUUAAACAAUUUGUGGAUUUUAAAAAUUUUAAUAUUGUGAAUUAUUGGAGGAUUGUCAUUGUUUUCGAAAAUUAUUUUUCAUUUAUUGGAGAAGUUUCGUGGAAUUGUUCGAAGUUACAGAAGUUCGGUGAAGUUUUGUGAUUACGAAUGGAUGAGAUAACGAGAAGGAGAUUUCGACAAUUCGAGGCUAGUUAAAUCUUUUAGACUGAUUUCUAAACUAGGUGGUCUACUAUAUGGCAACGUCAACCGUGUCAGAUCAUCAUGAGACCGUCGAGAAAAAUUCCACGGAGCUUCUUGAUAGAAUUUCCAUGAACAGUUGCCCGCCAAGCAGUUUCCCGGAUAAGUUUCAAGAUUUCUUUGCCGCCCUCAACGAAGAUUCCGACGAUUUGCCAAGCAUGCUCGAGGAUAAAUUAAUACCCAGAAAGCAGGAGGCCUCGAACACCGACUCGAAGAGCAGACGAUGGAGCAAAAGGGCAUUCCAAAGGAGGAGCAGCGAAAUCGAGGUUCGCCUGCACCGUACCUCUUUGACAGGAUCCCAGGGGCACUCGAGCGUGGAUGGUCCGAAAUCACCGACCACUUCCAGACGUCGUAGUUCAAGCAUAGCAGUCGCAAGACCAACACCAGACUUGCACAGGAAAUUGGUCGGGCCUUUUUUAAACAACAGUAUCAUACAGUUUCUGCAAGCGGAAACCGGCCCUUGGGGUCAUUUAUCGCCUUCGCCGAGAAGUCCCACCAGAACUCCGGCAAUAAGCCCUGGAGCAGUGUCUGCCUCGUCUCAUUUGAGUCCGGGAGCGAGUCCAGGAGGUCCAAGUCCAACUAGCCCUGCUGGUCCAACGGGAUCUCGAGGUCCAGGGCCAAGACAGUAUCGUGGAAGAACAAGCAGUAUGCCAGCGGUUCCUCGACAUAAGCCGAUGCUCGUCGAAACGAAACGCGGUGGCGUUGGUGGGGCCGAUGAGGGUGAGGAGGAUGGGGUGGAAUAUUACAGGCUCAGAUCAUUCUCCAUUACGGCGAACGGGGUCUACAACCUCGGCGAUUCGCUGAAAAGCCGACGAAGCAAAAGUAUCAACAGUGUCACGUCCUCUGGCACCAGCUGCAGCAGCACCAGAGAGGCCAGAUUGAGCUCGGCGUCACAGCUUUCAGGGAUAGAGGCAGAGGAGGACACGAGUAACGAACGAGUGGCCACUUACAAAGUCGGCAUGCUGGGUGCAUCUGGGGUAGGGAAAACCGCCCUUACAGCGCAGUUCACCACCAGCGAUUACAUUUGCGCUUACGACACUUCUCUGGAUGAGGAAUACGGACAAAAAAGUGUAUCCGUAAUGCUUAAUGGCCAAGAAACAGAAUUGGAGAUCAUAGAUCAUCCUGCAGCAGAGAUGUCGGUUGAAACAUUCUGCUCGACGUACAAUCCAGAUGUUUUCGUAGUAGUUUAUUCGGUAGUAGACAGACGAAGCUUAAAAAUGGCCGAAGAGACGUUGCUCUAUCUAUGGAAGAGCGAUUAUAUGGCUAGCCGUGGUGUGAUUCUUGUUGGGAACAAAGUUGAUCUGGAACGGAAACGUGAGGUUCCAUCUGUCGUUGGUCGACGUAUGGCAAACAAUUGUGGUUGUAAAUUCAUCGAAACAUCAUCGGGACUCGCCCAUCACGUAGACGAGCUGCUGGUCGGCAUUUUGGCGCAAAUUAAGUUGAAUCCUCAACGGGAUCGGGACCAAGCAAAUAGACGAAGAAGAAGCAAGCAUCGAAGAAGGAUUCUGAAACACCUGUUGGGUUUCAAGAGGAAAACGAAAAGUUGCGAGGACUUGUUCGUUCUCUAACGUUUCCCUGGUUUGAAAUAAUGGCGUAAAGAUUCAUCAAUCGUAUCUUAUUUAUUUUCUUCUUCUCCUUUUUUUAUGUACAAUAGAUUUAAUAUAUAACAGAAGAGAAAUGAAAUUUAGAGAAAAUUGGAUAUAAAUUAAGAUAAAUAUUAAAAUUUAAAGAAUUUAAAAAUAAAAGAAAAAACUUUCAUUUAGAUUUUGAUACAUUAUAUCAGUCAGAUAGCAAAAUAUAAUUUUACACACAAAAUUAUGUGUGAAAAUUAUGUGUUUCCUAAUUGAUAUUAUUUAAUAAAGAAAUUUCUUAGAUUUUUUUAAAAGAUAUCUUUUCAGGGUUCAUAAUAUCCUGUUUUUUUAUCAGUAUUUGAAUAUUUCCAAAUUAUACAGAUAUUUUUCAAAAAUUUCGUAUAAACAAAUUUGAGUCUUAAAGAAUAUCGUUUAUUGGAAAUGGAAGAGAGAUUAUAUUUUUUUCGAAGUGAUGGAGAAGAAUUCCAGAUAUUUCUAGGGAAUGAAUUCGUAUGUUUUGAUUGUAUCGAAAUCGAUUUAAAUAAAUUGAACGAUACAAAAAAAUAUCAUGGAUAUGAAUCUGAAAAAUUAGAGAAAGAUUAUACAUGUAUAUAUAUAUUUUCAAUUUUAAAUAUCAAUCCAAUUUCAAAUGGAAAACACGAUUAAGGAAAUAUAAAUUUAUAUAAAUACACUUAAGCAAAUUUUCAGCAUGAUUUAUCAAAUAACUGAAUGUUAGCAAAUUUUGUUUUUACUAUUAGAUACCUCGUAAUACAGUAUUAUAAUAUUGCGACGAUAAUUUUCAAGAUACGAUUUAAGGAUUAGGAAUUAAGGAAAUGAAGUUUAUGAUACCAUAUCAGAGGUGUAUAUAAACUUUAUUCUUAAUGAAAAUAAGUUACUUCAGCAUUGAUUAUCUUAUAUGUUUAUCGUAUUAUUAUAUAUAUAUUUAUGUAUAUUUAUUUUACAAAAAGAAAUUAUGUUGAAAACAGUUUAAUGGAAGACGAAAAUGGUGAAAUAAAAACCAUAGAAAAAGA